CACACACACACACACACACACACACACACACACACACACACACACCCCUUUAGGUACUAAGACUCAGGACACACAGGUGAGACCCUCAGAACUUCGUUGUCACUCACUGACAUCAUCACCAUCUUCUCAUCUCUGCUCAGGAUCAUCACCCGUGUGUGUGUGUGUGUGUGUGUGUGUGUGUGUGUGUGUGUGUGUGUGUGUGUGUUCAGACGUUCAGUGCUGAAGUGUGAGUAACAUCGUCUAGAAGGAAUAAAACCUGUAAACCUCCUCCAGGACGAGACUUUCUGCAGACAGAAGACGGCCAUGUCGAGUCCCAGCAGGCCUCAUAUUUAUGUCGAUGUCCCAGCAUUCCCACAUGGUCACCUCUCACCGUAUUCUGCUGAGGAACAUCUCAAGACCUUGUACGGUUUUCCCAGCAUGCCAGAGUACCUGUCCCGCUUCGACAUGCUGGUGUCAGAGGACACGGCAUGGAUCAUGAGGAAGACAGAGACCUUCACAUCUAUGGACAGGGAUGUGGAGCUACGACAGUGUAAGGAGGCGGGGCAGGACUCUGUGAUUGACAGCACAGCGGGACACAGAGCUCAAUGUGUGGGUCUGAGUGGACAGACGGACAUGGAGGACAGGUGUCUGGAGCAGGUACAGAGUUUAGUACUGGAUGAGGUGCUGAAGGACAUCGAGACGGCGUGCAAACUCCUCAACAUCACUCCAGAUCCUACAGAAUGGAGCUCGGGACAUGCACAGAAGUGGUUGUUGUGGACGGAGCACCUGUAUCGCCUCCCGCAGGUGGGAAAAGCCUUCCAGCACCUGAGCGGCAGCGACCUGUGUGUGAUGAGCGAGGAGGAGUUCAGGCAGCGCUGCUCGCCGUGUGGAGACGUCCUGUUCGCUCACCUCGACAUCUGGAAGACCGCCGCCUGGAUGAAGGACAGAUGUUCUCCUGAAAACAACACUUUUAUCGGUGCAGGAACAGAUGAGCUGUGUGCUGAAGCCGACUCGUCCUGCAGUGGGCAGCCCAUCCACCUGUGGCAGUUCCUCCGAGAGCUGCUCCUCAAACCGCACAACUACGGACGCUCCAUCCGCUGGCUUAACAAGGAGAAAGGAAUUUUUAAAAUCGAGGACUCAGCCCACGUGGCUAAGCUGUGGGGGAUCCGGAAAAACCGUCCAGCCAUGAACUACGAUAAACUGAGCCGCUCCAUUCGCCAGUACUACAAGAAAGGCAUAAUAAAGAAGCCGGACGUGUCUCAGAGACUCGUCUAUCAGUUUGUCCAUCCGGUGUGAGGAGAUCAGUGAGGGAACAUCUCACUCCAGACUGGAAUUCCAGGGAUACGGAUUUCCCUUUGCUUCAUGUUUCAGUGACUCUUUCAAGAGGAGAAAAAGACUGAAGACCAGGAGGACACGUCAGGAACGCUGUAAAUCCUGAGAACCCUGGAAAACAUUUUACAGAUUCUCACAUUCUCCUGAUGAUGACAUCACUAGUUCAGUGUGUGUGUGUGUGUGUGUGUGUGUGUGUGUGUUACACAAACUACUGUAACACUCAUUAUUUUCCUGCAUUCCUGAGUGUUUUAUUUCUUUUACACCACAGCGACUCAGCAACACCUUUACAUUUAUUUAAAAACAUCUCUUAAUACUUUGUAUAAAUUUAUUGUUACACUAAACAAUUAUUUCCGUUGUCUCUCAGGUUACAGUAUCUCUAAACACUCCUUCCCCCAUCAGCGCGUCUCUCCUGAUGCAGUAAUAGAAACCUGUACUACUGUGAGAGCUUCUGUUCCAAAGAAUCCACCUUGACCAAACGGAGUCCAGAACCCAGCAGCCAUCUGGUUUAAUCAGAUUUGUUCCUCAUCAGGAGAGAAGACGAGGGGUCUGUGUGGGUUCUUCAUGGUGUGUUUAUUCAGUGCUGGAGGUUUUCCAGUCGUCUGUUUGCUCUUUGCCGGGAGAUGUGGAAGGAUUUUUAGAAAAAGCUCAGGUCCACACACGGAUGUUUAGCAACAUGCAAAGUGCUUAAACCUUCCGGCGUUUCUGAUCGUACGCAGAGUUCCACCACCUCACUGUUCAAAAUAAUGCAGACUUGUACAAUUGUCAUUGUAAUAAACACUUGUGUUCAUUAUGAGUCAAGUUCACUGUGAAGAUGAGCAGUAGGUCACAGAGUAAUAACUAAAUACUGAUCCUAAUGAGAUCUUUACACUUACACCAUGUGAACAGUCCGAGUUUCUCUACAAUGAAGAUCUUCAUGACUGCAUCAAUACACCAGUAUGUAGAAUUAUAUCUUAAAAUCCUCUGUAUAAUGGAAUUAAACUCGUGUCUUCUGUGCAGUGUGAGUACAAGGCGAAGAAGACAUUUCUAAAUGA